UCUUUCCUUUCAUUUUGUUUCUUCUUUUCUUUCCUCCUCUUUCCUUUCUUCUCCUCUCCUAUCCUCCCUCUCUUCUUCUUUCUUUUCUGCCUCUCCUUGAGACCCCAGAGGCCAUGACUUGCCUCCAAUCCUCCCAGGACAGCCUGGCAGGCAACGUCUGUGCCAUUGAGGGCUUGCCCCCUUUGCCCAAAGGGCUCAGUGGCAUCCUCAACUCCAGUGGGGGAUCCUGGCGCGAGAUCGAGAAGGUUUACACCAAGAAGACCCGCAUCCAAGACGACCUCAGCAAGUCCCAGCAAGCCGCCUCUUCCUCCUCGGCCUCUUCCUCCGAGAAGGUGCUGCUCCGGACCAAGCCGGCCAACCUGGACUCGGCCUUGGCUCUGCUCCGGAAGGAGAUGGUGGGUCUCCGGCAGCUGGACAUGUCGCUCCUGUGCCAGUUGUGGUCCUUGUACGAGUCCAUCCAGGAGUACAAGGGCCUCUUCCAAGACAUGUCCUCCUCUCUCCACUCCGAGGGAAGCCUGGCGGCCGAAAACGGCUUCUCGGACGAAGAGGAGGACUUCGAGGUGGACCACUUGAGCCCCGACGGCCACAAGGAGAACCCUUUGGGGCAGCGCCUCCGCUUGAUGCAGCCUCAAAACUCCCGGGAUCAAUGGCUGAAGGAUUCCUUCCACAUCACCAUCUGAGCUGGACGGGCGCCGCUGGGUUUGCUCCCUCGCGACGUUGGCAAAGAAACCUCCUUGAAAAGACUGUCCUUUUCUCUUCCGGGGAAAACGCAAGAUGGACGGACCGACGUUGGCCGCCGACGUCGGGGCCGUAAUGCUGGACCGACCCUUGAGCCGCACAAAACAAAACACAACGCAAGAGCGUUCGCAAGCAAAGCAACUUAUUUCAUGGACUGCUAUAAAACAAGUCACUUCUUUGCCAGAGAAGAAAGCGAUUCUGGGGGAUUCUGGGAGUCGCGGUCCAUAAACGAAGUCACUUUUUGGGCUCAGUCUCUGCAGAGAUUGCUGCAUGGAGACUUGGCACGGUUUUUGCGACUCUCCAUCCCAAAGAAAAAGAGGGGAAAAUACAUACAUACCCUAUAAAGUAACUUUCCCAGGGCUUGUGUGGUUUUACUACACGGAGAUUGGAGCAGGAUUUUGUUCCUUUGAAUCCCAUAAGCCUUUAUGUGUGGGCCUUUUCAGAAGCAAAGAGCAGCUCCUCCUGUCCUCCGGGGCAUAAAUAAUCCUGUUUGCACAAUGAGAAGCCAUUUUAGGACGCCUCUGCUCCAGAAUAAAGGAUGCAUUUUCAUAUGGGGAAAUGGAAGGAAGGGGAUAAUAAUAAUAUGCUCCCUCUUAUACUGAUAAGGAAUAGCUCCCACCAUUUUAGCAUUUGGGAAAGUGAGAUAAAGAAACCUAUUAUCCUGCUCUGUUUCCACCUCCCCAGCUUGCUUUCGGCAGUUUUUAUGGCCUGGUUUCAUACGGAUAGAAGGGCCAUUGCUUUAUGCUAGACCCCUUGCUUUGCACACAGAAGGUCCUGGGUUCAGAUCUCCCCAAACUGGGAAAGAUCCAUUUGCAACCUUGGAUGGAUAGUACAAAGUAGUUUGCAACAUCCCUGUUUAAACCAAGCCUUUCCUUGGAACUAUGAGGACUAGACUCUUAAAUUUAUUUAGAGGGGAAGGGCCAUAGUUCAGUGCAAGAUGCAUGCUUUGCAUGCAGACGGUGCCGGGUUUGGGUCCUGCAAUCUCCAGGUAGGGCUAAGGGGAAACCCCUGGCCACUAACCGGAUGCAAGGCUGAAAUGGGAACUACAAAGCCAGACCCCACUUUCCCCUGCCUUGUAUUUGGUCCCCGAUCCCACACUUUUUGUGGGGUUGUGUAGCCGGAUAGGAACUUGCGGUGGGCUUUUGCACGGAGACACUUCCUUGCUAGACUUUUCCCAGGCUGGAUGAAUCCUUAGUGCCUCGGCCGUCCUAUCCUAAGGCCUCUUUUGAAAUAUUUAAUGACGCGAGUUUUAAUUUUAUUUCGUAAGGUCCUAAUUGCAUUAACCGGGUGCCAAACCCGGAUGGCGAGUUAAUUUAUUUGGUUGGUGCUGCGGGACAUUUUCGAACUGGUUCCGUUGCGAUUUAACGGAGUGGAUCCAGGGAAUAAAGUGUCUCGGCUUUUUUAAACAGAGGGGAGUCUGCCUGAAAUGCUGUCCCACCACCAAGGGUUGUUGUGGUUGUUGUGGUUGUGGGCCUUGGAUGGCGACCCUAAGGAGAAUUUAUUAUGGGGUUGUCUUGGCAAGUUUCGUCAAAGGGGGUUUGCCAUUGCCACCCUCCGAGGCUGAGAGAGUGUGGCAUGACGAAGGACCCUGUUUCUAAAUUGUUA